GCGAGGCGGACCGCGCGCUCGUCUCAUCUGUCAAUGUAAACAUCCUCGCUCGGCCGCCGAGCGCGCGCCUGCGCCCCGCCGCCGACAGGGAUCGACUUUCGGUCGGCUUCCGCGAACAGUGCGCGGAGGACGUCGUCGUGGUUGGUGGUGUUUGGGAUUUCGAGGUGUAUCGGAAGAGUCUCCGAGGGUUUCCCGCCACCCGGCGAUGUAGAGGCGACCCCCUCGAGGGAGUUUUUCCGCCGCGGCGGACCGCGCGGCUGGAGAACAGCUCCUCCGAUUGGGAAGGCCCUCGAUCUCGGUCGCAGAUGCGAGAUGCGCGGGAACGGAAGGUUCCCGUAGGAGUCGCGGAAUCCGUCUGGCGGACAGGAAGAUGGGCAACGGCGGGAGUUCGCAUCGGCAGUCGGCCUCCGGGAGCCUCUCCUCGGAGGUGGGUCGAGGGUGGACGCACUCUUUCCCCCGGGAGCUGGCGAGGCGACACUCGCAGCUCCCGGGUCGCAAAGUCCUGCCGGAGCCGCCCAACCAGAGGCUAAGGGUCACCGACAACGGCAGCAUCAUCCACAACGGCGGGACCAUCAGCGGACGCAGACCCUCCGCUCUGACGCUGCCGCACGACCUCGAUAAGCAGAACGCGUUCCGAGGGAGGAGCACGUCGGCCUCAAGUUUCGGAGCGGGCCGGUCGCGGUGCUGUCAGUACCGGGAGUGCGCCAAGGUGCCGGACUUGAAGAGGUUCGGCAGCGAGCCCGACCUGCGCCACGCACCGGUGGAGGCCGGAAGAGCCGAACCGCAUCAUCGAGGACCCCAGGUCUGCCGGCCCGAGAGAGACUCCCGGGAGAGGGAGAGUCGCUACCGAGGCAAGAAGAAGUACAAGGCGCCUCCUCCACCGGCUUCCACCUCCUUGGCCAACGGUGAGCCAACCGCGACGGGGUCGUCGCCGGACUCGUACCACUGGGAGAUGGGCCAGGACUCGAGAAGGACCGCCGAGGCGGCGCAGCCUCCUCCGCGGAGAUCGCGACUCUUCAAGACCAGGGCUGAGACCAAGAGGGCGCUGGUCAACUGGCCGUCGCCCUCUCAGGAUCGGGACGCCCUCCCGGACGGCGGAGGUAAGCGUCGACGGAGGCCCUCAAAAGAGAAGAGCGGCCCCCCGCCCAGGAGGGAGACCUGGAGGGAACACGAGGACGAGCGGAAGAGGGAGGAGAGGAGAUCCAAGAUCCUGGACGGCAAGAACACCCUCCAGAGGAGUUUGAGCAGUCCGGAGUUCCAGGCGGAGCUGAUGCGCGUGGCGCGGAAGGUGCGGACCAAGAUGAGCCGUGCGACUGGCAGGGAAUCGCCCGUCGGGGAGGCUUCGAGUCGGGUCGACGCUCGAGUCCGCGUCGGGAGGACCCGGGAAGAGGAGCGACCCGGGGAGCCGAGCAGCGUCGAGGCCCGCAGGCGGAACGGGCCCAGGGCUCGCCACCGGGGCCAGGGCUCCGGUCGGGAGAGCACUCCAGAGCCCACCCGGAAUCACGGGGAGGGAGAAGCGGAGGCCCGUAGCGCCCGGAGGAAGGCGGAACCUGCCGCCGUCGAACCGGAGCCGAUUGCGCCCCGAGGAAGACUCUGCGCCGCUGGAAACAGAGAAACAUCGACGUCGACGGAGAAGCCUGCGCCGAAGACCUUCUACUUCGGCAUGAACGAGCCGCAGCCCAGUCGGAGUUCCGGCGGAAUGCCCAGCCGCAACUUGGACGACUCCCAUCCAGAAGCGCCGUCGGUCGACGUCGACGAGGAUUUACAGAAGCGGGAGGAACCCGGCAUCGAGGACAUAGCACUAAAGCUGCGGCCCACCCUGCCUAAGAAGCAGCUGGAGAUCCCCAGGUUCUCGCCCUCGGCCGCCUGGAGGCUGCUCUCCGCCCUGGAGACCCCAGGCCCCGCGAUGAGCACCGCCAGCGAGGAAGUCCCCGUCCUGUUCGAGGAGCGCAUCGAGCGGCUCUCUCGGGCGCCUCCACCGCUAAUGGCCCUAGGGCCGAGGAGCUCCCACGACAAGUCCGGGGACUCCGGGAUCUCCGGGGACGCCGGGGCUGGCAACGAGGACUUGCUGGAUGUCGGGACGUCCGGGAGGAGCAAGGCGCCGACGCGACCCGCCUGGACGCCCCAACAGGAUCUCGGAGAAGAGUCCAGCAGCGAUGCGGGGGUGGACUCGCCUCCACCCACGGCGACGCCUCUCAAGUUCCCGCCCAGGGCGCACGUUUUCUCCCUCUCGUUGCCGCGGGACGACAACAGGCUGUCCCUGUACAGCGCCGACGCGAAAGCGAAGGAGACGACGUCCUUUAACUCGUUGCAAAAGCUGAAACGCUCGGUCUCCGGGGCGUUGGGCCUAGGGCCGAUCGACCCGGAAAAAAGAAGGUCCGCGGACGCCCUGGACGAUAACUGGCUCCUCUCGACGAGCGCGCCGACCUCGCUGCAGCAUAAUUCGGGCAAUGCCGAGGGCACUGCUGCCGCCACCGCCGCCUCUUCUCCUGGGUGGGAACCCGAGUCCUCCCCUAGGGAGGACGACGUCGACUGCGGCGACGGCGAAGACGACGACGAGGAUAUCGGAGUCUACGACGAGGAGCCCCUGGAGGAACGGACCGAAUUCCCGGUUCUCAUGAGACCACCGUCUUUCUCGUACCUAGCAUCCGGAGGUCACGUCAUGUACCUGCCCGAGGCAAAUGGCACCGGAUACCAACCCCGUAGUUUGAACUACAGGCCCUUCGCUGGGGAAAUCGACAAACCUUUCGAUGAGUCGGCUCCAAGAUUCAGAAAGAACGCGGAGGAAGGGAAGAAGGUCGCCAAAUUUCCCUGUGGUAUGACUCAAGGGGGAGGUCAGAAUGGAGAGAGCGACUCGAAGAGAGGCGAUCGUCUUGCAGGUGCGUUCAGGGAGCGGCCCUUGACCGAAUUGGGACACAGAUCCCGGCAGCUGACCACAUUCUCUAAGUCCUGCGAGAACGUCUCCGAGAUGAGGCAACGGGGCCGAUCACCUUCACCGGGGCCGGAAAACUUACAGGACGCCAAGGAAACCUCGGUCGAGGCGAAGGUGCCGGCCAAACAAAACUCACGAAGUCGAAGAUUCACCUUCCAGUCAACCGUCCGGCAAAUAGAGAGGCGCAGAUUGGCGGAGAGGCUGUCCAGGGAGGCCGAGGCCAAAGAGAGACAGAGGAAGGGUGAACUCGAGGCCAUGAGGAAGGUGGAGGAAGAGUUCCAGCGGAAGAGGGCUCGGGAAAAGGCGAGCAUCCGACAGCAGCUGCGACUCUUUAGCAUGGACGAGAACCUGAAUUCCAAUAGCCUGCCUCCGGUUUGGAAUAAUAGUCAGGUGCCACGAGCAGACCCCGACGGUGCCCCCUCCUCGUCGGCGUCUUCUCCGACCUCCGCGGUACCCGCGAAAACUGACCGGAAGAACAGCGUCAGCAGCGACGAGUACCACCGGAAGUCCACUUUGGACGCUCGACAGCACCAUCGACAUCAUCAGCAGCAGCAACACCAGCAGCAGGCGAACAGGGAGUACAAAGACUACAGACCUAGGUACUACGACUGGGUGCCCGAAAAUUCGAGUCACCCCGAGUUCAAGCACACCACUGUUCACCCCAAGGUCGUCUACGAUAUCCCGAAGAGCUCUCCGGUUUACGUCGAAGCGAACCUCCAUGCUGGCAAGCCGGCCAACCCGACCUCUACCCCGAGGUCCGACAAUUACAGGAAAGACUUCGCCCACGGCGCCGUGGCGGCGAGAUCGUCUCUGGCCAGCAGCGACAGCGAAUUGUCGCAACCCAACACGAGACCUCAUUCCAGGCAGGCCGAGAACAAAAGCAAACGACGGCUUCGGUCCAGGUUUUAAGGUGGGCGUAUAAGUAAGUAGUGUUAACACCUCUAGUCAUCUAACAACGCUUCAUUAAAACAAAACGAGCAAAUACAACGGAGCGCUUCUAAUUCCGCCUUGGGCUGGGUAUACGUCACCCACGUAAGCGUUUCGGAUAUCUUUUGAUAUUUGCCAUGGCAUACGUGGGUGCUUACACUAAAAUUAUGUAAUCAGGAUGAAUCUACGCAUCGACCUUGAACGAUAUACCUUGCCGUACUUUUCCUCGUGUCACCGCGCCAAGUAGACGCUUGAUGUCGACCGAGACUUCGUGUAGGACUCCUCCGGACUCCUCUUCCGUUCACGUGCAAUACAUGGAUACGUUAUUUUAUUUAUUAUUUUCUUUGCCGAGUUUACCUGAGAGAUGCCUGCUGUGCAUGCCGGUCGGUCUUGUUCGAUGUUUCGGUUCAUCCGGAAGGAAACGAUUCGGCGAAGGUACCUCGUGCGAUUUCGGCGAUUCCGAAAAUGCUGCUUGGAUCGGAAGUUCGUCCCACGGGCGGCGAUCGAUAUAAAAUCGAUCGAUGGUCAGGACAUCUUGUAAAACCAAGUCCGAGGUGCACCUGAAAGUUCAUAACAAAAAAAAUCAUAAAGAAGAAAUUUCCACACAAAGGUGCCCUUUUUGCAAAGGACAGAAUCGCCGAUAAAGUUUGGCUCUAGCUGCAAGAAUAAUUGUACCGACAGCAAGAAUGUUUGCAAUUAUGUCGAAAAAUACUUCCUAAAUUAGCAAAUGAAUUUGUUGUCCCGAACGAGGAAGCGAUAUACAAUUUCUUGUGGCUAGAACAGAUUAUCGUAACCAUGCAUUUGAGUUGCUCUAGUGAAGUAAUCUUUUCUUUUUUUGUUGUCAAUAUAACAACAAUCUUUCUGGACAUAUAUUUCGCUGACCCAUUUUCAAGGGUCCACGUUUAUUGAAGCACGUACAAUUUCUUAUGACUGCGAAUUCGUUUUUUUACGCGCAAUUUGCCGCCCCUGGCUUGUCGAACGGCCGUCGCGGUGUUGCUUGCUCGUACCAAAGAGGGUAGAAAGCAAAGGUACAAGUUAAUAUGAGAAGCUGGCGAAACGUGUGGAGAUAGUAAGGAAACGUUGACCAGGUCGGCUAGUCCCGAGAGAAGCGAGGACGUCGCCAGCUCGGAAGAAGAGGCCCCCGUCGAAGCCGUCGAGCGAGAGCGCGAUCCGAGAAACGGAUUCCCACUCAACGGAAUUCAGCCCUUCGUCAGGGAGAAGAGCUACCGA